GUUAACUUUUAUUUGCAAGCGACUUGUCAGAAUUCGCAGAGAUAUCUUAAGCCGUUACAUCAUCUGCAUUCGUCUUAAUAUUCGAUCUUAAAUGACAAAGUGGCAACUCGUCCCACGGCUUAUCCCUUUAGUGACCACAACGAGCAAGUAUGUAGUGAUCAUUCCCAGCUCAGGAUAAACUAAGCCCUGGAUUUGAAUACUUUGAAAAAUUUAAAGGUGUAAGAUAUUAGAUAAAUUUGUGGUAUGUCAUGGGAAAAUCUGGCUAUGUUAACGACUGUUCAAGAGAAAUUCUAAUAGUUGAAUCGCCCAGUGCAAAAUUCUGUUGCAAUUCGAAAUUUCAAUCAUCGUUUGCAAUUCAGGUGGGAUCGUCCAGGAUACAUAGAAAAACUGUGAUUUCGUAUUCCAUUUCCAGCUGGUGUUUUUGGAAAAUAUACUAGAAACAUAUCAUCGCGAAGAAUUCAUUUGUCUAAAUUUCAAAGUGUGGUGUAGCUAAUCAGUGUUGCUAAGCGAGCUUUUAUAAUUAUCAAUGCGCGGUCUAUUCCCACGUUAUUAAAUUUAUCUGACGAUGUGUCCCUACCGGAAGGGUGGAGACCAUGGCUUCAAUAUUUGUGUGCUUUUUUUAUAAAAUUUUUCCGUUCAGAGUCAUUUAUAAAAUUGCUUCCAGUGAAGAAUACAGUCCUCUCUUUAUCAGUGAACAAGUUUUCCUAUUGUGUCUGUUCUACAACAUGAUACUCGUGCGUGUCUUUCACAACCAAAUCCCUUUGUGUUAUAUCUACAACCAGAAAUUUUGCCAUGGCCUCUACAACCUGAUAGAUUUAUGUCGUUCCACAACCUAAUGCUUUUACAUCGUUUUUACAAUCAACUAUAUUUCCGCGGUUUGUACUAUUGUAUAUAGUUGUGUUGUCAUUAAAACCUGGAAUAUUUGUCAUAGUGUUAUAAAUGCAUACACGUGUACGUAGGUUUGCGUGUCUUUAUGCAUAUGCGUAUUUGCUGUAUAGAGAUACAAAAUUCACACCAAAAUUGUUAGAUUUCUAAUGUUUAAAAUUUUACUUGCUAAUCAUUGGACUACCACCUGCAGUUUAAAAGUUUUAAAUUAUUUUAUCUUUUCGGACACUAUAGUUACUCAUGGCCAUUCCAACCAGACUCCUAAGUUUGUUGCAAGUUUCUAGAUCUUUUUUUCCAUCGUAACAGACCCCAUUGUGACCCUUGUCCAUUAACAACAGACCCCCAGGGUUUGCAUCUAAUUUUUAGGCAUUGUAUCAAGCGGAAAUGUAGGAAAAUUGAAUUAAAUAUAAUCUUGCGAAGAUCUGAAGAGGAAGGGAACAUGAAAUUUACGAAAGAAAGCUCCCUCAGUGGCAACACCGAUGAAAAUGAAAUUGUAGAAGCAGAAAACGAAUUAGAAUCAAUUUGUGACUCUGACAAAGAUUCAAGUAGCGUAAACGCCACACCUGGUGACGAUUCUAAUCAACUAACACAUGUAAAUGAGUUUAAUAUUAGUGAAAAUUCCGCUAUAGAGAAAAGUGAUAGUGAUACAAACGGCGUGAUUAAUGAAGGCUUUGAAGGGGUUCAUAAAAACCUUGGUGAAGAUUCACACAAUGGAGGUCCAGUAGGAAAUAGCGACGUUAGCAACACAGAUCUUGAAGGAGACGCUAUCAGCGGGAAUAGGCCUUCAGCGGGUGAACACCCGAAUAUCGAAAUUCACCCCGGGCACGUCAAUCACAUUUUGGACAUCGAGGAGAAGGAUAAUAAUCAUCAGCGAGAGGUGAAGAGGACAUCAGGUGAAGAUGGAGGUGAAAGCAAAGAGAAAGGAUCCACAUCCUACGCUCCUGUAGGAGACAAAGGUCACGGCAGAGAGUCCUCGUGGCUGUCCUGGCUGAGGAAGGAACUGAGAUGGAACAAAAAACUUAUUCCCAUCAAGAUCAUUCAGUUCCUUUAUUCGGGAGGGACGAACUCCAUACUCCCGUACCUAACACUGCAAAUGCAGGAACUAGGCCUAAGCAUGAGGCAGAUCGGGUGGAUUUACGCUUUUCUGCCAAUCACCACGAUCCUAGGGCCCCCAAUCUCAGGUAUGGUGGCCGACAGGACUGGCAAUUACAAAGCCGUGGUGUUGGUCAACAUGCUACUGACGACGUUCCUCCACUUGGUACUCCUGUAUCUACCCGGCGAGGGCGUCAACAGGCUGGUUUUCACCUGUGGGGAGUCCUUGGACUUUACGUCUAUGGUGUGGGACAAGUGCAGAGGUUGUCACGAUCGUUAUGAUGGCGCGAACUUCACCGUGGCUUUAAAGAACUGCAAAUAUCUCUGCGAUAAUCCACCAGCUACGACAUUCGACCUCUGCUUUGACGGAGAAGAAGACACUACUGAGUUUUGUCUACAGCACAGCUUGAAGGAAGAGGUAACGAUCAACGGAACAGUAACAGCCACAUACACCGAAGGAGGUCACUGCGGACAUUCUUGGUACGACCUCCGGGUGGGAAACCAAACCUACUCGGGAGUCUCAUGCCCUUCGGAGCCGUGCUCCGUCGAGUGCGAGGUUGGGGGAGCUCCCUCGUGUCUCUUGGAGGACGAAGGGUCACCUAGCUCCGUGUUCUGGACUUACUUCUUCGUGAGGAUUACGGCCAAUUUCUUCCUUUCCUCGUUGUUCACGAUGAUGGACGCCAUGACAAUUGCCAUCGUCAAGGAUCUAGGAGGAGAUUAUGGAAAGCAACGGCUCCUUUUCAUCAUCGGGAUGGCUACUGUUCCUUUAGCGGCCGGUUUCUUGAACGACUGGGAUGCUGGGAGUAACGGUACUUCCUUCUACCUGCCAGCUCUAUACCUGGGUGCUGUUUUGUGCUUGGCAUCGGCUGUGCUGAUUGCUAGACUGAACUUCAAGGUCGACGUGGCGGAGAACAAUAUGUUCCACGACCUCAGGCAACUCGUGACCAGGCCCGAGAUCAACUUGUACUUCCUGGUGAUUCUCGUCCUCGGAUCGAAUUGGGGAUUCAUCGAGAGUUACCUCUUCCUCUACAUGGGGAAGUUAGGGUCACCCAAUUAUGUUAUGGGGCUAACCAUGACAGUAGGAUCCAUCAUAGGAAUGCCCACGAUGCUAGUAGCAGACGCCGUCAUCAAAAUUAUCGGACGUCAUAAUAUCUUCAUCAUAUCCUUCUUCGCCUACGCCCUCAGGCAUUUUGGAUACUCCUUCAUAAGCUCUCCCUGGAUGGUCUUUCCAUUCGAAUUGCUGGAAGUCUUCACUUACCAGCUCAUGUGGGUUGCAGCCAUCACUUACUGUCCGAUUUUGGCGCCUCCUGGGCUGCUGGCCACAAUGACGGGCGUGGCUGGUGCCAUCCACUUUUCCAUAGGGCGAGGCGUUGGAUCCUUUAUCGGAGGUCAAUUGAUAACCCAGAUGGACAUCCCAGGAGCCUUCAGGUGCUUCGGCGUGAUUGCCAUCGUGUCUGGUGUCUUGUAUAUCCUCCUCCACGUGUUCUACUUUAAGAAGAAGAUUGCCGGGAGAGAAAUGGAGCUCAAGCGAUCGGAAGGAGCGAACAGUGGGAUGGAGAUGAUGGAGAAUAAUUAGAGGAAUUAGGUGCAAGAGGCUGAUUAAAGUUCCAGAAGAAAACGCAACGGAAGUUUUACAAAAUGUAAAAAAAUCUAACAAGACACGGGAGCUAUGCUAAAGGAACAUCUGCUUGGAGCUACACGUACUUGAAGAAGCAUCUGCUCCCAGAUGGCAUAGGUCACUGAUGGAAGAAAACACCUGUUCUGACGUUGAUGUCUCAUCAAGGAUUAAAAUAACAUCUGCUUUGAAGUUCUUUUUAAUGAAUAACUGAAGGAACAACUUAUUUUGAAAAUUAUAUCGUUCGUGUGUGUAAUAGAAAGAGAAUUACUUUUGGGUAUAUUGUUUAGAAAUAGCAGAGAGGCACCUGUUUCAAGGUAAUGCUGAAGAAACAUAUGUGUUAGAAUGAUGUUGAUGAAUACUGAAGAAGCACCAGUUUCAAAAUAUUGUAUAUAAAUUCUGAAAAACAGUUGUUUUAAAAUAAUGUUGAUGAAUACUGAAGAAAUGCCUGUUUCAAAAUAAUGCUUCUGGAUAUGCAGAAACACCUGUUUCAAAAUAAUGCUUUUAAGUGUGUAAAAAAAAAAGCGCCUGUAUCAAAUAAUGCCUAUCAAUAAUGUUUAUAAAUUUGUGAAAAAACACCUGUUUUGAAAUGAUGCUGAUUAAUGUUGAAAAAAUCUGUAUUGAAGUAAUGCUUUCAAUGUUAAAAAAAUUUCAAAAUAAUGUUUACAAAUAUCGGUAAAACACAUUAUUAAAAAUAUUUUUGGGAUAAUGUUAAAAAAAAACACCUGUUUUACGUAUCAAUGGUGAAAGAACAUCUGUAUCCAAAUUAUUUUUGUAAAUUCUGUAAAAACCUACUUCAAAAUAAUAUUUGUAAAUGUUGAAAGAACACCUGGUUAAUAAAAAAAAAAAUUCUUUACAACACUGAAAAACGCCUGCGUCAAAAUAAUGUUUUACCAAUGCCGCAGAAAAACCUACUCAGACACCAAUAAUUAUUACUGGAGAUGUUUUCUCAGGUCAGACAGAUGUUACCAAGCAGAUGCUCCUUGGGAACUGGAGUGAUACAUGAAUUCCUCUGAAUGAAAUGAUCAUUUGUGCAUUAUCCGUGCUUCAAGGCUUUAUUUAAAAGAUACGCUGGUUGAUUGUAUCUUUUAAGGGGCGUGGCAGCUUCCAAAACAGUAGAAAAUCAAAUAAAAAAUAAAUGAAUUAACUACACUUAA